AUGUCUCCAAAACAAUACAUCUGUCCCGCCGAAACAACUCCCCACAUCGCCACCAUUCUCGGCUUCCCAUCCCCCUGCUCCACACUACCAGGUCUCUAUGAGCGCACAUGUAGCGAGAUCGUAGACUUAGCAGGCACGCUCGCCCCCUUCGAGCCCGUGCGCCUGCACGUCCGGCCAGAGAUCCAGGCGCGCGCGCAGCAGAUGGUCAACGAGCGGAUGAACAACAAUGAUAGCGCUCCACACAAGACCCAAAUCACCCUUGUGCCCUGCGCGACGAACCACUGCUGGGUCCGCGACACGGGGCCCGUGUACGUGCGCGGCGCCGACGACGGGAAGCGGUAUGCGAUUGAUUUCCGGUUUUGCGAAUGGGGCGUCAAGACAGACGAGGAGAUCUACCAGAGCCGGGUGGGCGAGACAGAGCCAGAAUUAGGCGACGAGUGGCCCGUCAUGGGGGAAGAAGCCAUGAGCGAGAACACGGCGUUCGCGGAAAGGGUUCUCGAGCUGGAGAACCAAAUCAGCAAAAGCAAUCAAGUGCAGCGCAUCGCCUCACCCAUCCGUCUUGAAGGCGGCGGCAUCGAAAUCGACGGCGAGGGCACCUUCAUGGCGACGGAGAGCAGCAUUGUCGGCGGGAAACGCAACCCUGGCAUGAGCCGGACCGAAAUUGAGACGCAUCUCCGCCAACUCCUGGGCGUCACGCACUUUAUCUGGUUCCCGGGUCGAGCGGGGCUAGAUAUCACAGACUGCCACGUUGACGCGGAAGCGCGCUUCGUCAAGCCUGGCGUGGUCGUGCUCUCCAAGCCACAUCCCUCCGUGGAUCAAGUGUAUCAUGAUAUGUACGAGGAGAUGCGCGAGGUGCUUCGCACCACGAAAGAUGCGAAGGGAAGGACGAUCGAGGUGCACGAUAUCGAGGACCCAGAUCCGGUAUUGGUGCGUGGGAAUCUUCCUGGCGAGGAGAAGGUGCCUGCGGCGGCGUAUGUCAAUUUCUACUUUGCGAAUGGGGUGCUGGUUGCUCCUGUUUUUGGGGAUCCAGUGGCGGAUGCGAAGGCGGUUCAGACUUUGAGGGACCUGGUUCCAGAGAGGGAGAUUCGGACGGUUAGUGUGAAUGCAUUGCCUAGGACUGGUGGCGUGCUGCAUUGCGUUACGCAGCAGGUGAUGUGA